GGAGUUAUUUGUAUUUGGCCACAGUAGCUACUUAUUAUUGAUACUUCCAUAGUCACAGGCUUUUUGACUGCAUCAUAGUUAGCGCAAAAAUGAUUGGACAUCAUUUCUGAUGGGCUGAAGCAGUGCAAUAUGGAGGCGAUACGUCAUUCAACCACCAUGCCACCUCCAAAUGAGUUGGAUGGUAACGUCACCUUGACGAAGAUGCAAUGCGCUAAACUGAACCUUUCCUCCUUUGUAGAUAAGACUCUCACCUUUGCGGAGUUGUUAAUCUUCUAAUUAAAGCAUCCAGCGGCCGUGUGCCUACCUAAGCGCCUUCAAUAUGCAAGAAUACACCGAGAGAUCAUCGCGGGGAAGCCCUUCCCAGUUCAAGCCCGGUCAUGAGAUACCCAUUCAACAUCAAAAAAAGCCAGGCUUGCAGGCCGAUCUCGAACAACCGAAACCAGCGUCCAGCCACAUACCCGAUGAGGAUGGCGCUUAUCAGAGCUACAAAGCAGCAGGGAAGUUGAUUGGCAAACGCGCUAUAAUCACCGGUGGCGACUCAGGAAUCGGACGUGCCAUAGCCAUAUUGUUUGCGAUGGAAGGAGCGACAAGCCUGAUAGUCUAUUUACCAGAAGAGGAAAAGGACGCACAAGAAACAAGAACAAGGGUGCAAGAAGCUGGGCAAGAAUGUCACUGCAUGGCUACCGAUCUUCGCGAAAGGGAGAACUGCCGCAAGGUGAUCGAUACCGCACUAGAAAAACUAGGUGGCAUAGACAUCCUAGUGAACAACGCCGGGACACAGAAUAUGAUCGAGGACCUCAAGGAUUUAGAAGAGAGCCAGUGGGUAAAGACGUUUGAUACCAACAUCCAUCCCUUCUAUUACCUUAGCAAAUACGCUCUCCCCUACUUGAAGCGGGGCUCAACCAUAAUCAAUUGCGCAUCUGUCAAUGCUUACAUCGGCCGGCCUGACCUUCUCGACUAUACAUCGACAAAGGGAGCCAUUGUUGCCUUCACGCGAGGUCUAUCUAAUCAGCAACUUAAGAAUGGCAUUCGUGUUAAUUGCGUUUGUCCAGGGCCAGUUUGGACCCCGCUUAUUCCUGCCACCAUGACGACCGCUGCGAUGGAGCAAUUCAGCUCUGUACCGAUGGGUCGCCCAGGGCAGCCCAGUGAAAUAGCUACUUGUUUUGUUUUCCUCGCAAGUGCGGAUAGUAGCUAUAUUUCGGGACAGUGCUUGCAUCCUAAUGGGGGCGUGGUUGUGAACGGCUGAAUCAUAUGUCGAUGGGAGAGCAAGCACCUAGCAAAGCACACGCACACAUAAAUCAGAUUUUACAUGAGUAGGAUGUAGCCAAAAAAAGUAAAGAGACUGUUAUUUGCAAGACUGCGCGAACGACAAGUAGUUCAUAAACACCUAUUUAUGGGGAGAAGAACGCUGGUGUGUUAAAUCCUGCUGCCACUUACAAUUUACCCACUAUAGUGCACGACUUGAAACUGCGGAACUAACGACGGU